CUCAAAAAGCGAGAAAAGCCACUAAAACCCGUUCUAUUAGGGACAAGUUUAACGUCGCCCUCAUCCCGCUUCUUGGGUAAGUUUUUCCAGUAAAGAGGCCGGAUCGGAUUUACCGUACCAACGAGAAAGUCCAGUUCGACCGACCGAGAUGACACAGGAACAUGACAAUAAGCGGGCGGUGUUGGUGCUACAGAAUGAGCCGCCUUAUGGCCAGCGGCGGCCGUUCACCAAUGAGGACGAGGCAUGGAAGUCCUUCCUGGAGAACCCACUGACAGCCGCUACCAAGGCCAUGAUGAGUAUCAAUGGCGACGAGGACAGUGCUGCUGCUCUGGGACUGCUCUAUGACUACUACAAGGUGCCCAGGGAGAAAAGGUCACUCACACAGACAAAAACUGACGUGCUGGGUACUGAUGUGGAUCCCAACAAAAGGAACCUGUUGGCUCCCAUGCAGGACGUUUCCAUGGCAGCGCCUGAGAGCCGUAUCCAGGUGCUGAAGAGUGUGCCGUUCAACAUCGUCCUGCCGGGGAACCAGCUGGCCCCGGACAAGCGAGCCCCGUUCCCCUCGCCGGACACCACGGUCACCGUGUCCAUCGCCACCGUGCCAAACUACGCCAUGAAGGCGGAGGGGUCAUCGCACGGGUUCACGGUGGCCACGCCCGGUGGAUCUCACUGCGCCGAGACUGACGCCCACGCCGGAGUGUUCGACCGGCAGCUCAACCACAGCCAGUUCAGCCCAAACCCACAGCCUCGCACUCCAGACUCGACCUUCACCGAGACCUUUAAGGACGCGCCCAAUGAGGUGUUCUCCUUCCCUGGGGACCUCCAGCUGCGCAUGGCAUCCAUUGCACCUGAUGAUUACGCCGCCUUUGACACAGAGUCGGGAAAUAACUUUGAAUACACACUGGAGGCAUCAAAGUCGCUGCGUCAGAAGUCUGGUGACGGGACGAUGACCUACUUGAACAAAGGCCAGUUCUAUCCAAUCAGCCUCAGGGAGGUUGACAACGGCAAGGUCCUUCACCACCCCAUCAGCAAAGUGCGGAGUGUGGUGAUGGUGGUGUUUGGAGAGGAGAAAUGCAGGGACGAUCAGCUCAAACACUGGAAGUACUGGCACUCCAGACAACACACGGCUAAACAGCGCUGCAUUGACAUUGCUGACUACAAAGAAAGCUUCAACACCAUCAGCAAUAUUGAAGAGAUUGCCUACAACGCCAUUUCUUUCACAUGGGACAUCAACGAGGAGGCUAAGAUCUUCGUCUCGGUGAACUGCCUGAGCACGGACUUCUCGUCCCAGAAGGGGGUGAAGGGUCUCCCCCUGAACCUGCAGAUCGACACCUACAGCUACAACAACCGCAGCAACAAGCCGAUCCACCGUGCCUACUGCCAGAUCAAGGUGUUCUGCGACAAGGGUGCCGAGCGCAAGAUCCGCGACGAGGAGAGGAAGCAGUCCCGCAGGAAGGGGAAGUGCCCCGACGCCAACCUGGGAAACUUCGUAGAUGUGAAGGUCCCUCUUCUACACAAACGCAGUGACAUCACCACUUUCAAGAUGAUGAAUGACUUGGACACACAGCCCAUCCUCUUCAUCCCAGACAUCCACUUCUCCAGCUUCCAGCGACAUCCAUUUUCCUCAGAAGAUGGAGAGGAAGGUUCGGCCAUGAAGAGAUUACCUUUCUCCAAUGAGGAUGAGUUCGGUUCCCCUCCUAACAAAAUGGCCAGGAUGGAUGAACCCAAAAAAGUGCUGUUGUAUGUGCGGAAGGAGACGGAGGAGGUGUUUGAUGCCCUCAUGCUGAAAACACCCACAAUGAAAGGACUGGUGGAGGCGAUCUCAGAGAAGUAUGAGGUCCCUCUGGACAAAAUGGGGAAAGUGUACAAAAAGUGCAAGAAGGGAAUCCUGGUCAACAUGGAUGACAACAUCAUUAAGCACUACUCCAAUGAGGACACCUUCCAGAUCCACAUUGAGGAGCUGGGGGGCAUGUACAAACUGACCCUGACCGAGAUUUGAGCCACCUGGGACUCCAGGGGGCGGAAUAGGCAUGCGGGGCGGGGCGGGGCGGGGCGGUGGUGCUGGGGGGUGUGGGAGAGGGAGAGUGAUGAGAACAUGCACACUGAGAAGCGGUCAUUGGGUAGCACCGCUGAGGGACUCUGGGUUUACACAGCAAUGCUGUACUUCCUACUUCCUGUCACCUGACUUAUACCAUAACUCGAUGUGGCUGUGACACCUUAUGAGAUGUCCAUUUUACCUGAGAGUCACUUUGAACCUGUUUUUGAUUGUUAUCCGCAAUGAAGAACCUGUUUCUUGCUCUCAGGCAACCAUUGGUACAUAAUAUAUAUAUAUACAGUACUCUCAUCUUUAAACUUUAAGCUUGCUGUAAAUACACAUCGGUAUCAAUUUUCCAGUGCUUAUCUGAUGAGAAAAGCCUUGUAAAACAUUUAAGCCACUCCCCCAUGCUCUGAUGUAAUGUUGGUGCCUUUGGAUUGGCUUGAGUCUUUCUCCUCUGUUUGUUCUUAAAUUGGUUGGAGUGAGUGAGCUGACACCAUGAGCUGACACCAUUCUGAGCUUUAUGAAUCCACCUUGAAUCCCCAUUACUGUUGAUAAAUGCAGUGUACUGUGGGUAUUCUGGGAAUUGUCUCUUUUCCAUGUGUGGCAAAUCAUUACCCUAGAGGAGCUGGGCUGCUGUGUUGUGAUUGGCUGCAGUCACGGUAAACAGCGGAACAUGCUCAACUGAUCUGUUUUCACACAUAACACACCACAGUAUUUAACAUGUAAACUCCAUCCCAACAUUUGAAGUUUGCUGAAUCAUCAGCUCUGCUGGUCUUUCUAUGAGAGAGAGAGAGUGUGUGUAUGUGUGUGUGUGUGUGUGCGCUCGCGCAUGUGUGUGUGACAGUGAGCUGGUACAAAAUACAACAACCCAUGUGUUAAAAGUUUUAAUUGUACAGCCGAUGUCUAUCUUCAACAAAAAAAAGAAACAAAAACAUGUAUUUUUGAUUUGUCCAUAUUUUUGUUUGAGUGGGCUAUAAGAAUAUUCUGCAUCUUCACAUGAACAUCUACAGGUGAAUGAAAAAAGAUAAAUACAAAUUGUAUAUUUUUUAGUUCAUUGCCAAAGGUAUUUUUGCAGUCCACUAGCUUUUGCCAAUAUUUACAUCUAAAUGCAGGUAACUUUUUUUUUUUUGUAUACCAAAACGUAUACAUCAAAGUACUUACACCUUAAUGUGUACAUAUUUAUUUACACUUCAUGAACAGGGAUGGGUUAUUAAUAUGAUCUUCCUUAUCUUAAUAAUAAAUGUUUAUUGAAAAUAAUUAUUUAGUAUUAUCAGUUUGACUGUUUUUAUAUAAAAUUAUGUAUUUGUAUGCCAAGGGAAUAUUUUUAUUUUGUUAAGUUUUUCUCUUUUUAAAGAGGGUGUUUAUGUAUUACUUUGUCGUUUUUACAUGUAGAAUAUUUUUACAGUUCUAAAUGUAUUCUGUGUUAAAUAAAAUAAAAGCCGAUUUCUUGAAGCGAA